CUACUAAACUCGCGAAAAUAAAAUAAUUUAUAGCAUAAAUAAUUCUUCCGUUCAAUAAGAAAAAAACAAUUACAUUUGUUUUACGCCAUGGCUUAGUCGUAUGUUUUGAUAACAAGAACGUACAAGCCCAAAUACAGAAAUCACACCUAAAAAGGGUCACACAACAUUGGUACAUAGCUAAAAUCGAUAAAUUAAAAAAUAAUAACUUAUAUUAUUAACUCGGCAAUAAAAUGUGAUUGGGACUGUCGUGCUGCUUUGUAUAAUGCAUUAUAAUAUUGAUCAAAAAUUAAACAAAAGUUCUUCGUUCAGUUAGACAAACGAAAAUACGCACAAAGAACGAAAAUGCAUUCAGUGGGAAUACAUUCGGCUAUGGCCAUUAAGCGGCAGCGUAAGAGAAGAGAUGAACAGAAAAGAGCCCGAGAACGGAGGUACAGCACUCAAAGCUCUGAGAGUGGCGAAACAUUUCAUUCACCCAGUGGGUCUGUGAGACGCAAAUAUCAUCAUCAUCAUGCGGCCAAGCCUGGACCAGGAAUGCUUGACAGCCAGGUUGUCACAAGCAUUGGAAUGCUUCAUAUCGGUAUUGUGUUCAUUGUGUUUGGAGUUUUUCUUAUCGGGGCAGGAAUUAUUCCAGAUGAGACAAUGUCCUGGAAUGUGUUUAGUUCAAGCUCUGCGUGGUGGAAUGAAGUGACUUGCACUGGAUUAUUUUCCCUUGGCCUGGGCUUAUUUUUAUUAGUUUUGAAUUGCCUCAUAAGUCGAAAGGAAGAGGAGGAUCUGGAGGACUACGUACAGCGGCAGCUUACUCGCUCGCGUUCUGGGCACCGCCUUGAACGAGAUGUAGAAACUGGUGUGCUAACCACGCGGCAUGCUCGCAAAGCUGUGGCCUUACAAAAGAGCGGCCGCAACAACUCCCCCACAGAUGUUGCAGUGGUAAACUGCACAUCUUCGGACAAUUUAUCUAACGGACCGAUAGUUGGACGUAAUUGUAUGAAUAACUCUGGUGAUAUACUCCUCGAAAAAAUUAUAGAGGAAGAUACUCCCUAUUUAAAUGACAGAAGUGCAGGAAUAUCGCCGAUUGAAAUAGAAAACGAUACAAAACAGCUGUUAAGAAGGGAGUCUAUUAAUGAUGCAAUCAAUAUAACAAGAAUAUAAAAUCACGUACUUUAAAUUCUUUAUUUGAACAGCUUAAAGGUACAUUGCCUAUUGCAUAUAAUCAACUGCAACAAUUUUUUAAGAACAAUUUUAGCUAACUAUUGUUAUAGCCUUUGUACCCAUGUGUGUAUGUGUGUAUACUCAAUCUUAUGUACAUCCGUCAAACCAUUUAAAAGUUUGCAAAUAACCUAUUAUGACUAUUAACUAUUCUAAUUUCAUAACCAAAUUAUUAUUUACGAGGUUUUGCAGAGUGCGUCGAACAAUGAAGUAUUAUUGCAGAUUAGGAACGGAAAACUACUAUGUGGGUUUUACACUGCUUUUGGGAGGUUAGCCGAGUUUGUCGAUACAAAAAGCAAAGCUGUGAUGAAUGCGACUCCCAAACUCAGUGUAAAAUAAAAUGCAUCAGAACGGGAAAGAGCUGGACAUAACCUGAAUUUGUUUGAAUAUCCCCUGUGACUGAAAACGUAUAUUUUGGGGCUCUUACUGUAUUCUUUUAAAACGAUUUUUGAAUAAUUUCCAUUAUUUAAAGAACCCGUUUGUCAAAUAAAUAACAAUCCAUGAUAAUCUCUUUUAGAAUAAAACAUUUUACCAGUCGACCCAAUUUCCAUAAAUCAGCUCCUCCACAAUGUUUAUGAAUCUACAUACACGAGAUCAACUAUAACGUUUAUCUGCUGACUAGUGUAAUAACAAAAACACUAUUGCACAAUAAUUUAUAUUAUAUAUGUAUGUACAAAUAUGAAAAAAAGUAAAAACAGAAUAAGGGCCGAUUUCUUAAUGUCAAUAUAAGCUUUAUCUGCCCUGUAAGCUGGGAUGAAACCAAUGAUAGCAUUCAUUUUGUAUACUUCUAGACUAAGCAUUGGUGUCAUUUUAAAACUCAUGCAAAUGAUUGCAUUCCAAUACCAAAGGACCUUAUCAAAAUAUACUAAUUUAGUUAAUGUGUAAGCUUAAAAUUCCUGAAUAAUGAAAAUCUUUAAUUUCGAAAGAAAACAGCAAGUGGUGCUUUCCGUUACUCAAUUCUGGUACCAAAAUUCAUAGUUGUGAAAUGAUUAAUACUUAUAAAUGGCAAAGAUGUUCCGUUUUUUAUUGUUAAAUAUGAUUUUGACUCUUUGCCGAAAAUCUUUUUCAUAUUUCUUGCUGAAUACAAAACUCACAAAAUUCUAUGGAUGCCAAUCAAAACAUGUUACAUAGUACCAAUCCUACAAUUUUCCUUUGAAUAUUUAUCCAUUCUUCACUUGCGUAAUGAUUUUUGAUUUGUACAAUAUUUUUUAAGGAAGAAUUCCUUCUUAGACUACAAAAAAAACCACACAAAGAAAGAAGACUUUUCAAAGAAACACCGUUAUUGUCUGUAUAUACAUACAUAUAUUUAGAUAUUUUUACGAUUUAUUCUACAACUAAGCCUAACUUUUUAUUACUUCGAAACCC